CGCCCGUUUUGAAGCUGCCCUGAGCUGGGCGGGCCCCGCCGCGGUCCGGCCGCUCGCCUCAGCCAGGCCCCGCGAGUCCGCGCAGCCUCUGGUCGGGGCGACACCUCACCUCCGACUCAGGACCCCAGCCCGCGACCCCCUCAGGGCCGGGCGCCGCCUCCUCUUCCUCGGAACCCGGACCCGCGACCCCCGCCGGCCGCUGCCUCCUGUCCGGACCCAUAAUCCCCGCUGGGCCGGGUCCCCUACUUGGUCGGGCCCCGCCUCCUCCUCCCGCCCCGAGCCCCUGACACGCUGGGGCUCGUUCCCUAGGGCGGCGGGCCGUAGCUGCCCUGGGGAGGUCCGUUCAGGCCGGACGUCGGUCCCGGCUCCAGGCAGGUGCGCAGGAGGAAGGGAUUCCCCCCGGGAAGGAGGGCCCGCGCCCCGGAGAUGCCGCCCGGCAAAGUGCUGCAGCCCGUCUUGAAGAUGAAGGUUGACGAGCUGUUCCUGUGCUGGCUGAGCGAGUCCAGCACGCAGGCGAUGCUCCAGGACUGCCUGCAAAGGAUCAAGAUGCCCGGGAGGCCGGAGAGGGGCGGGGGAGACGCGGGGCAGCCGGGGCCCCCGCUCGCAGCCCCAGCCCCCGCCUGCAAGCCGCGCGGGUUCGAUGGCCUGGGGGUGCCCAGCCCAGCUCCCGCGUCCACUGCGCUCCCCCUGGGAGCCACCUCUAGUGCCCGGAGUGGGCCACCUGUUCGAGGGCCUCGUAGAUCCGCAGGGACAAGAGUAGUCCAGACUAAGGAGCAGCCCCCGCCGCCUGCCCCCAGCCAGAGUGUGCCCGCCUUCUACUUCCCCCGCGGCCGCCCGCAGGACUCGGUGAACGUGGACGCCGUCAUUGCCAAGAUCGAGAGGACCUUUGCCCAGUUCCCACAUGAGAGGGCCACCUUGGACGACAUGGGCAGAGUGGCCAAGGCCUGCGGCUGCCCUCUCUACUGGAAGGGGCCACUCUUCUGCGGGGCCGGCGGGGAGCGCACGGGCUCCGUGUCUGUCCACAAGUUCGUCGCCAUGUGGAGAAAAGUCCUGCAGAACUGUCAUGACGAUGCGGCCAAGUUUGUCCACCUGCUCAUGAAUCCCGGCUGCAACUACCUUGUACAGGAGGACUUCGUCCCCUUCCUGCAGGACGUGGUGAACACGCACCCUGGCCUGGCGUUUCUGAAGGAGGCGUCCGAGUUCCAUUCCCGCUACAUCACCACCGUCAUACAGAGGAUCUUCUACACGGUCAACAGGUCCUGGUCGGGGAGGAUCACAUGCGCAGAGCUCCGGAGGAGCACCUUCCUGCAGAAUGUGGCGCUCCUGGAAGAGGAGGCGGACAUCAACCAGCUGACAGAGUAUUUCUCUUACGAGCACUUCUACGUCAUCUACUGCAAGUUCUGGGAGCUGGACACGGACCAUGACCUUCUCAUCGAUGCGCAGGACCUGGCCCGGCACAACGACCACGCCAUUUCCACCAAGAUGAUCGAGAGAAUCUUCUCAGGAGCCGUGACGAGAGGUAAAAAAGUGCAGAAGGAAGGAAAAAUAAGCUACGCUGACUUUGUCUGGUUUCUGAUCUCCGAAGAAGACAAGAAAACCCCGACCAGCAUCGAGUACUGGUUCCGCUGCAUGGACCUGGACGGGGACGGGGCACUGUCCAUGUACGAGCUGGAGUACUUCUAUGAGGAGCAGUGCCGGCGGCUGGACAGCAUGGCCAUUGAGGCCCUGCCCUUCGAGGACUGUCUCUGCCAGAUGCUGGACCUGGUGAAGCCCCAGAACGAAGGGAGGAUCACGCUCCACGACCUGAAGGCCUGCAGGCUCGCCCACGUGUUCUUCGACACCUUCUUCAACGUGGAGAAGUACCUGGACCACGAGCAGAAAGAGCAGGUCUCCCUGCUCAGGGAGAGCGAGAGUGAGGGCCCCGAGCUGUCCGACUGGGAGCGGUACGCCACGGAGGAGUACGACAUCCUGGUGGCUGAGGAGGCUGUAGGGGAGCCGUGGGAGGACGGGUACGAGGCCGAGCUCAGCCCCGUGGACCAGAAGCUGAGCGUGCUGCGGUCCCCGCUGGCCCAGAGGCCCUUCUUCGAGACGCCAUCUGGCCUGGGCGCCGUGGACCUGUACGAGUGUGGCUGCGGGGACGACGACCUGCAGCCCUUGUGACCCGCCCACCCACGGGGCCGUCCUCGCCUCCUGCUGCUGGACGCAGCGGCUUCUGUUGAGCUGUUUUACGGAAGAUGAGUGCGUUUGUAUGGGAUGGUAGGUUUUUAUUUAUUCACCACGGGAGCUGGCUGAGGUGGGCGCUGAGGUGCGUGUCCCGCCCCACCCCCGGAGGGGCCGACACUCGUCCAGGAGCCCAGGCCAGCCUGGCAGGGAGGGGACACAGUCCUGGGCUCCCCUGAAAAUCAUGAUGGUCUCGCCCCACUGGCCAGCUCCCUAGAUAAUGUCUUUCGAGACUCAGCCUGGUCCCGGCUGACGGUUCACCCUGGAGGGAACCAGUCUGCUCCAAAAGGGUGGGUCUCAGGGUCACGUGAUGUGCUCGAACUUUGGGGCUGGGUGGGGUAGUCAGGAACAUUCCAGGAUCCCCGGCCCCACUGCAGCCCCAGAACCUUCUGUCUGUCCUGCAUAGGCGUCUGGGAGGGGGCGCCACCCCAGCCCCAGCCCUCCCCACUGAGGCCACACCCACGUGAGCUUAUUUGAACAUUUUUGUGUAAAUGUACAAAGUAUGUAAAGUUAACUUUUAUUUGCUGUGCAGAGCAGUUUAAAAAUGUUUUAUGAGAUCACGUUUGUAUUUUCAAAUAAAGAAUUUGAGGAUUUUCA